GCGCAACCUGGCGAAUCUCCUGAACAUCAUUCAGCACAAUUCAACCACCACAAUCGCCAUUUAGCAAACAAUUGUUCUCGACACAAUACACAAUGGCGCCCAAGAAGAAUGCUCGCGAAUCCACGCCGUCGGCUGCCGCAUCGCCCGUCACCAAGGCCUCGCCCGUCGUCAAGUCCGCGCCCGUCUCCCCGAAACCCAGCGCUGGCGCUGCCUCCUGGGACGUUGUCCUCCAGAACAUUUACAACCAUUACAUCAACGAGACUACACAGCGCACGAAGCUCAUUGAUGCCUUCCUGGUCUUCCUUGUUACCGUCGGCGCCCUUCAGUUCCUCUACUGCGUUCUUGCAGGCAACUAUCCUUUCAACGCUUUCCUUUCCGGCUUCUCUGCUACAGUAGGACAGUUUGUUCUUGCUGUCUCCCUCCGCGUACAAACCAACGAUACCAAGUCCGAGUUCCCAUCUGUCUCCCCGGAAAGAGCCUUUGCCGAUUUCGUCGUCUGCAGUCUUAUCCUGCACGUCUUCUGCAUCAACUUCAUCAACUAGAUGGCAAAACUUGGGGAGCAAUACAGGGCCUUGUACAAUAUAAAAAUACUACUGACUGACUAUGGGACAAGUCAAAUAGACACUGAAAAUAAAGUAAAAUUAAAAAUAUGUAUGAACAAUCUACCAAGAACUCCGCGUGAUAUACAUUGGUCACAACUACGAUGACGUUUCGCCAGCCUUGGGAGGACCCUUAGGAGGAGGUGCAACUCCGUUGGCAGGACUCUGUGUCUGGGGGACAUGGUCCAGUUCGCGACUCUUGGCCUCUUCUUCCUUGAAAUAAUCAUCCAUGAGGUUGUUGUUUUUAGGCACAGUGCGGUCCUUCUUUUUGCCUCCCUUGGGGGGACCAUCCGCCACGACGACGCCAGAGUUCACCAUCUGCGCUGGAACGACGUAGCUACUUUCUGUGGAUAGCAUCCCGCUGUCUUCCGGUGCAUUAAGGAUGAAUUCAGUCUUCUCGUUCAUGGCGCCAUCAAACAUCGUCUCUCCUGGGGCAUUGACUGGUUCGCUCAGCGGCGCAGGUAGUCUAUGAAGAGCACCGUAACCGAGUGUGCAGCCAAUGGCACCUUGGCCUCCCCAUCCGCGGCUGGGAGUUAUUGUAAUCUCUCUUGUUACAUCUUGUUCGUUGUUGUAUACGUAUAAUCUCAGCGGUCGGCCGAUGUAGUCUUCGACGAUUUCGCCCAGAGCUCCCUCACCACGGAGGGUCCCUUCAGGGCUUCCGAUAAUGUAGUCGCUAUAGGGGAGAAGACCGCCUAGGUCAGCUGGCGAGUUGGCUGGGACGUCAAGCACAUGCCAGAUGUUUGUAGCAACGGAGAUUGGAGCGUAUUGUAGCGAUAAGCCAAGGGAUGCUGUGUCGGCGGGUACUGGGACGUGCAUUUCUCGUGUGCGUUGGCCCUGAUGCGAGGUUAGAAACUACCGGUGCAGUUGAUCCAUGGCUAUUAGCUUACCUUUGCGUUCCAUAAUCCAAGCGAUACGCUGCCGCCAGCGCAGUUUCUGAUUUCCAUUGCGAACAAGCUAGGGUCCGGGUUCUCCUGUUUGGCCAGUUAGCACCGCCGCACCAGAGAGCGAUUCUGGGGCUUCAUACGAUAGGUCUGCCAUUGAUUCCAACGAUAAAGUCAAACCAGGGCUCAAUUGGUAACUGUAAGGUUGUAUUUCGUAGUACUUGGAAGCCAAACGAUCCUUGUUCUUGGUUUCGUUGCGGGGUGUCGCCGUCGAGACGGGACAUGAAGCGGUUGAGCGCGUUGAACAUUGCGGCGGUAUGUUCGUACGGACGGUAUUUAUUGUUGUUAAAUAUUAAUCUAUAUGACCGUCUUUUGGUAUUUGCAGCUUGUUGGCCAAUCUUUGGUGAUUGCUCGUGGCGUGGUCG